AUGAAGUUUCUCGUAGUUCUCGCAUUAUUCGCAGCUAUUGCUGUAGUCGCAGCACAACCUCCUCAUCAACCACCACACCAACACCAUGGACAACAUCCAGGACAACAUCCAGGACAACAUCAAGGACCCCAUCAUGGUCAUGGCCCUAAACCAGGUCAAGGACAACAGCCAGGACAAGGUGGUCAACAACCAGGACAGGAUCAGCAACCCGGUCAAGGUCAACAACCCGGACAAGGACAACAGCCAGGUGAAGGCCAACAACCAGGUCAAGGUCAACAACCAGGACAAGGAGAACAAGGAGAACAACAACCAGAACCUUCCCAAGAAUAA